UUUACCCUUAAAAACCAUUCAAAUCACUGAAACAAACCCUCUAUCUCUCUUCUCAAGGAGCUUAAAUAUCGAGCCCUUCUCCAUUCAGUUCCACAAAUGCAUUUUUAAGCUUGAAGAUCGAGCUACUUCUCUUUAAGCUAUUGAACUAUCUCAUUCUGGUUCAGAGAAGCAGAGUUGAAGCUAUGGCUUGUUUUUGCUCUGUGUUAACAUAUUAGAAGGUUAAAGAUUGAGCUGAUUUCUCACAGUUGAGGCUGGCCGCUGGAUUGCAUUUUUAAGGCUGAAGAUUGAGCUAUUCUACACAUUUCAGAAAUGUGUUUUCCAGUGUAACUCUCGCAUGGGGCAAUUUUUUGUUUCAUAUGGUAGGAAAAGAAAAAUGAGCCAGUUCACUUGUGACAUAUUAUAAAUAAUCGCCGGCUUUGAAGAUUGAAGAGUGAGAAAAUCACAGUUGGUAAUCGCCGGCUUUGAAGAUUGAAGAGUGAGAAAAUCAGAAUUGGGUAGGGAUUUUCACAAGAGAAUGAAGCCCUCAAUGUGCCAGCAAGCAAGGUGUCCUUCUAUUAGAGCGGAGAACAUCGAAGCUGAGAAUUCAAUAAUAAGUUGGCCUUCUUCUCUUUCUUUGCCACCACCUGAAACUCCACAAGAGUCCAUGGAGUUCCUUGCUAGGUCAUGGAGUGUCUCAGCUUUGGAGGUGUCCAAAGCUUUGAAUGAGGCUUUUCAUGGUCCUCGUGUCAAAGAUGAGAGCACCUUGGAGAUGGAAACUGCCUCCACAGACACUUCUACUACCACUGAUUCCACCAACUGCAAGCAAAAGCUCUCCAAUUCGGAGCAAGAGUCCAUUGAUUUGAAAAGAGGAUUCUUACCAUUCCAGAAGCCUACCCAUCGAAUGUCUGGUGGAAGCCCUCCAGUUUCUCCUACUGACCAUGAAGAUCUAAAAGAAUGGCUUGUGCUACAUCAAGCACUCAAUCCAGAUUUACUACGCAAUGAGGGGCUCCACAACACUAAGAUGUGCAAGAGCGGUCUACUAGGCGGGAAGACCGUCGGCCGAUGGUUAAAGGAUGAGAAAGAGAGAAAGAAAGAAGAGAACAGAGCUCGAAAUGCUCAUAUACAUGCCGCCGCAUCCGUGGCUAGUGUGGCUGCUGCAGUUGCCGCGCUUGUUGCAGCAACGGCUGCUUCUCCAAGCAGAGAUAGCCCUUCAAAGGCUGUGGAGGCUGUGGCCUCGGCAGCCGCACUCGUGGCCUCGCACUGUGUGGAGGUGGCAGAGAGCAUGGGAGCCAAUCAUCACCACAUGGCAUCUGUGGUUAGCUCGGCAAUGAAUGUGAGGACACCUGGGGAUAUCAUGACCCUAACUGCAGGCGCCGCUACAGCCUUGCGCGGAGCAGCGACCUUGCAAGCAAGAGUCCGCAAGUUUGGAGGGGUCCUAAACAGUGAGGAGCAUACAAGAGAGAAUGAUGCACCUGAGAUGGAUUUCCUGUUUAAAGGAGGACAACUUCUCAAACGCACCAGAAAGGGUGUUCUUCAUUGGAAGGAGGUGUCCCUCUACAUAAACUCAACCUCGCAGGUUGUAGUGAAAUUAAAGAGCAAGCAUAUGGCAGGGACCUUUGUGAAGAAGAAGAAAAGUGUAGUGUACGAUGUAUGUUGCGAUAUCCCUGCGUGGCCAGGUAGAGAAAGAGAGGAAAAUGGCGAACAAAGAGCAUACUUCGGCCUGAAAACAGCUCGAGGACUCGUUGAAUUCGAAUGCAAGAAUAAAACCGAAAAGCAGAUGUGGACUGAUGGUAUAAGGCAACUGAUAUUACGUCAGGACCGCAAACAUACACCAUUGUUGUCACCAUAGAAAUCCAUAUUUGUAAGCACAGGUGUUUCACUUUAUGCGAGAAUUGAAAUGCCUGAUUUUUUUUUUAUUUUGGGUAGUUAGAAAUGUGAAUUCACGAAACAAUAUUCUUUAUGUAGAGAAAAUAAAAAAUUGAAUU